AUGAAAUCAACUGCUUCGAUAUGUCUUACUUCCGCGCUUAUUCAAAUCGUUUUGGUCGUCAUUGUCCCUGUCAAUGGAGCUUCAACAAUUCGAUUUCCCGGCGAUUCUCAAAAUCAACCAGAUAAAAUGAUCAGAGGACCUGAUGAUGAGAUUGAUUCUGGGAUAGAUGCAUUUAAAGCCAAUCCUUUAAUAAACGGGAUCGUUUCUAAACGUGCUGGACGAGUGAUAUUCGCCGAUGAUGCAGACGACGAUGAACAAAUUCGAAGCACUGAGGAAGAGAUGCGUCUCCGCAACGGACCAAAAAGAAGCGAUCAUUUAAAAUCUAUCUUUGAUCGGGUAGAUGUCUCUAAUCAACUUCAUCCACCACCGCAUCCAAUCGAUACCAUCAUCGGCCCCUGUAAUUGGAACAACCUCGAAGUGCUCUACAAUGGAAAGUGUCAACGAUUACUACGAUUAGGCGUGGCAGCGUGCAACAGAGAUCCAAGACAAUGGUUGGUGAUUGAUCCAAGAACUUGGACGCCGGUGUGUCAAACGAAACCAUGUGAUAAUGCAGGCGAUUUCUUGUGGGAAGACGGAAAUUGUUACCCCGCGACACAGCCGGGCGAAGAAAUCGGAAAUCCUCUGUUGGAGCCGUGGGUGCAAAGCGACCUCUGUGGAUCAAAUGAAGGGAUUUAUUACAAUGUUCACGGGAUCGGAUCGUGUGAUUGCGCUCCCGGCGCUGCGUAUUCCCCUCAGAGUCGCGCUUGUCACGUGGUUUACUCAAGGGGCCAUUGUGAGCUAGGGCAAGUUUUCAUGCCUGUUCAUGAUGCUGUGCAAUGUUUGCCUAACCCUUGCAAUUUAGAAGGGGAGUUGCUGUGGGCUGAUGGUCUGUGCUACAUGAAAUUUUCUCAUGGACCCUGUCCUUCUGGCCAAGUGGUGUCAGUGAACCAAAAAACCCUCUUGCCCACGUGCACCACCUUGGAGCCCGACGUGGACAUGAAGGCGUUGAUUGUGGUGCCCACCAAAAGACACACCUUCCGUGGUCUCGACUGCUCCUGGGUUGGUUCCAAGUGGCACUUCAGCAGUGGAAUGUGUCCAACAACAUCAAGCUCCACCAGCAGGAACCAUCACAGGAAUGACCUGGACCUGGAAGACGAUGAAGACACAAUUUCAGUGGUGGGCGAAUUUCGCACCGUCGGCAACCCUUUCAAUAGUUUCGGACAGCAUAAAAACAACAUUGACGCUUGUUCUUUCGGGUUCAUUCGGAAUCCGAAAACCAAGAAAAUGACCGACGGCCCCAAGUAUCCGUUGCUCUGUCGCCCGUGCCAUUUCCUCCCCGCGUUACACCAACACCAAGAUAUUUCCCCCCUUUUCCACCGCACCCAGCCAUACGGGUUCUCGCUGGGAAACAUGGUAUCUUUCCGGCAGCGGCCGAAUGCAGGGAAGGAAGUGAACGAGCACUCCUUACUUCUCUUGGACUUCGGGUAA